AAACGUCAUCAAUUCUGCGACAGCGCGCCAUCUGAGUCAUAACAUAACUAGUCACAGUGAUUAGAAACAUUUACAGUUUUUCCUCUCGAAAUGGAAAGAGUUGUUUGUGAAAGACAUGGCAACAUUUGCUUUCUGAAGACUGGUGUGAAGGAAGGACCGAAUAAGGGUAAAAGUUUCUAUGUUUGCACCGGGCGGGAUGCGACACCAUGUGAUUUCACCCAGGCUACUGAACUUCCACCUUCUCACUGUCUCCGCCACGAAGACGUGCUGGUUGAACUUCAGACCUUAAUUCAAAACACAACACAGGGUUCUUAUAGGCUGUUAUAUCGCUGCGUAGUAGGAAAGAAAGCGGGACAGAAGUGGUGUGGGAGUGUCCCAUGGACAGAGAAAAGCACAAAGACGAAUCUUUUGUCAGAGAGUGAAAAGCAGCCUUCCAGUCUGCCUCCUGUUAGAAAUCCUUUCAAAGCCCCUGGCAAAACUGACCAAAGCUCCGAGUGGAAAAAGCUUCAAGAAGCAGAGACGGCUAAAGCUGAGGUAAAGAUAUCUGAAAAGUCUGUAGAAAGCGAGCGCUCCAGGAAAUGCAACGGUGAUGAAAUUCCGACAAAGAAAACAGAGAGAGAAUCUGACCGUCAAAGAAACUCCAAGGAGGGAGAGGAGAUGAGUUCUGCACGUUCUGAACCCUGGAGAGACAAAAAACUUCCUCCUGGAAUGAAGGUUAAGAAGCGAUCAUCUGACAAGGACAAGAAAUUGCACAGCAGUAGUGAGGUGACUGUAAAAGGAGCAGAAGAUACUGAGGGUUCUUAUAGUAGCAGUAAAUGUGAAAGUGUUAAUAAACAGCAAAAAGAGAAAGGGACUAAAAUACAGAACCCCCAAUGCCAUGACAAGGAGGAGAGAGCAGCUCCACAGCAAAACCCUAAGCAGAAAACCGAGGUACACGGUCCUGAUUUAACUUCUAGGAAGACAUCUACCUCAAAUACAGACACUCAGCCAGGCAAUAUUCCUAAAAAUACUCCAGAAGAAGAGAGGCAGGCCAGCCCAGGUUCAACGUUAGAAGGUGUUCCAGCUUCGCCAAAGCCUGGUAUAAGUAAUGCCCAGAAGAAAACAGUAAAAUCACCCUUUGGAGACUGGAGUGAUGAUGAUGAUGAUGAUGUCCAGUUGGUGUCAGUUCAGCCAGGCUCUCAGCAGACUUCAGUACCAGCUGCACCUUUGCAGAAAACCCUUACCUCCUACCCAGGCUUCCAGCUUACGUCAAAGGGUAAAAGUCAAGAAGAAGACCCCAGAGCAUUCCACAGCCAGCUUACAGCCCAGCUUAAACAAAAGAAGGCUACUCUGUCAGUGGUUAAUGUGUCUGCUCUGCCUGAUAAAGGAGAGAGGCUGAAGAGCCAAGUGAAGCAGCUGGAAGAGGCUCUGGAGGCUUUGAGUCUGACCAGUGUUGCUGAUACUGGGUCUCAAGAUGCAGACAGUGAUGCCCUGGAGAAUCCCAAAUCCUGUCAUUCCAAUCCUUUUAACCGUGCAGGGGGUACUAUUCUCCUACCAGAGGCUCCAGUCCAUUUUCAGCCAAAUUCCUCUACGAGCUCAUUGGGACUACCGCUCAGUCAGGGAUACUCCCAGAUGUAUGGAGUGAAUCCUCAAAACCAGGCCUUCUAUGGUGGCAAGAUGACGGAGGACAGACUGCUCGCUGUGCGCAAUGUCACAACAGAGGCGAUCGACCACCUGCACCACUCACUGGAGUCUUGCCCUUCUGCAGACACAGAGGAACAGGAUCCCAAAGGAAUAAAGGUCCAGUUGUUGCCUCAUCAGAGAAGAGCCUUGGCCUGGCUGCUGUGGAGAGAAAACCAAAAACCCUGCGGGGGUAUUCUGGCGGAUGACAUGGGUUUGGGGAAAACCCUCACCAUGAUCGCUCUCAUUCUGUCCCAAAAGAAGAAGCACGCGAAAGACACUCGGCUAGACGGAUGGCUCUCCAAAACCGACUCGUCUUUGGUGGCAUCCCAGGGAACUCUGAUCAUCUGUCCUGCCUCUCUGCUGCAUCACUGGAAGAAAGAGAUCGAGAGACACGUGAAGAGCAGUCGCCUGAGCGUGUAUCUCUACCACGGGCCUAACCGACAAAGGAGCGCAAGCAUACUGGCUGAACAUGAUGUGGUGAUCACCACGUACAGCCUGGUUUCUAAAGAGGUCCCGGUUCAGAAAGAGGAUGCUGAGAAGCCCAGUCAGGACUCCGAGCCUGUGGGGUCUGCUCUGCCUCCUCUCUUGCGUGUAGCCUGGACUCGUAUUGUUCUUGAUGAGGCCCACAACAUCAAGAACCCUAAAGUGCAGACCUCCAUGGCUGUGUGUAAGCUGCGCGCCAAAGCCCGCUGGGCCGUCACUGGUACCCCCAUCCAGAACAACCUGCUGGAUAUGUACUCGCUGCUGAAAUUUUUGAGGUGCUCUCCGUUUGAUGAAUACAAGCUAUGGAAGGCUCAGGUAGACAACGGGUCUAAGAGAGGAGGAGAGAGGCUUAACAUUCUCACCAGGUCCCUGCUGCUGCGCAGGACUAAAGACCAGCUGGACUCUACAGGCAAGCCUCUGGUGUCUCUGCCUGACCGAAGCUGUAAAGUUCACAGGGUAAAUCUGUCUGAGGAUGAGCAGUCUGUUUACGAUGUGGUGUUUGCACAGUCCAGGUCCACCCUCCAGUCCUAUCUGAAGAGGCAUGAGGGAGUAGACGGUAAACAAGGAGAUGGUAGCAAUCCCUUUGAGAAAGUUGCGCGAGAGUUUGGAAUGUCCCAGCAGGACUCUGCGUCCUCCUCUCAGCAACCUCAGGUUUCCAGUACCAUCCACAUCCUGUCCCUGUUGCUGCGCCUCAGACAGUGUUGCUGCCACCUGUCGUUGCUGAAGAAGACGCUGGAUCAGUCGGAGCUGCAAGGAGAUGGGAUUGCUCUGUCUCUGGAAGAGCAGCUAUGUGCUCUGUCUUUGUCCGAAUCCUCUAACUCUGAUGCCAAAGCCACCGUUUCCCUCAACGGCAGCCGGUUCCGCGCUGAGAUUUUCGAGGAGAGCCGAGAGAGCACCAAGAUUUCGGCCGUCCUCACAGAGAUAAAAGAAAUCCGUAAGAAAAAUCAGAAAAGUGUGAUUGUGUCCCAGUGGACGAGCAUGCUGCACAUUGUAGCUGUUCACUUGAAGAAGCUCGACCUGCACUUCAGUGUCAUCGAUGGUACGGUGAACCCUAAGCGACGCAUGGACCUGGUGGAUGAAUUUAACACUAACCCUAAAGGACCUCAGGUAAUGCUCGUGUCCUUAUGUGCUGGAGGAGUGGGUAUUAAUCUGACAGGUGGGAAUCAUCUGUUCCUCAUAGACAUGCACUGGAACCCUGCACUGGAAGACCAGGCCUGUGACAGAAUCUACAGAGUGGGACAAAGCCGUGAUGUCACCAUUCACAGGUUUGUGUGUGAGGGAACAGUCGAGGAUAAGAUCUCCUCUCUGCAAGAGAAGAAGAAGGAGCUGGCCCAGAAAGUUCUUUCUGGAACUGGGUCAUCUUUCACCAAGCUCUCAUUAGCAGACCUCAGGGUUAUCUUUGGUGUAUAACAUAUAUGACAUAUCUACAGUCACCAGGUCAGCCCUGUUAGAAUGUUGGGUUAUGUCUUGCACUUGCAUUAUCCAUGUUUAUUUGCCUUAUACCAAUGCCUGAACUGUAUCAUGGUGUUUCUUUUUUUUCUUCUUCUUCUUCUUUUUUUUUUUUUUUUUUUUAAAUCAGUAAAUAUAUUCUGACUGGGAAAAAAAAAAUAAAAAUAAAAAUGAAUCGCUGUUCGAGCGAUGUGUUUAAAAGUUUAUAUAACCAAGGGAACGUUUGCACAGAAAGACAUCUGAAGAGUUUAACGUCUUAUAAUCAAAUUCACCGGAGUUGAUUAUCCUUUAAAACAGAAAAUUUAAUAUGUAUUGAAGUUUAAAUACAUUUCUAGCUAAUUAUUUCUCUAUUUUAAUAUACAACUGUGUGUUCUUGCCUUCCUUAAUGCUAUCUUUAUUUAUGCAUUCAUAAUACACCAUCCAGUUUGUGGUUUGACUAGGUUGCCAGAUUUGCUUCCUUCAUAGGAAAUAAAAACCCUCUUGUUAAAACUGACUGAAAACCAUUUUUAAUGCUGUUUGCUAAUUUGCGUAGGCCUUUUGUUUUCAUCCCUAAUGACAUGUUUAAUACAUGAUUUAUUUGUAGCAUACUUAUUCACGGCGUGACUUGAAAAAAAAAAUCUUCAUGAACAUAUUCACAUAUUGUAUGAAGACUAGAUUACAUAUUAAGAAGUAACUUCCUAUAAUUCAUUUCUUACAGCAUUGACCGGGUUUAGAAAAUCUGUAAUGUUCUCCAGAUUUCCAAACAAAUGAGGACUUGAGGUAAUUAUACGUCAUGAAUACUGUAUGUGCCCCUGUGUGAAGUACACUACAUUCAGCAUAAUCACCUUAAACAUAGUUAAACACUGGAAAUUUAAAAGAAACACUGUGGUGUGCCAAAAGGUCAAUUAUUAUCAGUUAAACAGAAAGCCAUGGUAUUUAUAGAGUAUCUAAGAGUCCUUACUUUUUUGGCCUUUGCCCAAGUGUGAUAAUCUGUGUAAACUUAAAUGAGUGUGUGCAGGUUUAUUGAGUGUGUGCUCUGGGGCACAGCACCCAGUAAGCACCACUCAUAAGUCGCGUAUGUAGAAGCAGGAAUAGCGUUGAUAUCUUGUUUAGUGACUAAAUCAGCCUGGAAACAGGGAUACAGCGACCAUCAAAUAGAAAUCCUCACAGUACUGCAUUCAACAGAAACCAGGAUAAACAGGUUUUUACUCAUUUGUGAAAGCCAGAUACAGUGUACAGUAAAUUCCAUUUAAAAUAAUCACUUAAGUAUUUAAGGU